GUUGACUCUACUCAUCAAGACACAAAACGCCGUCUCAUUCUUGCAAUUGACAUCCGCGGUGCCUGUCACCUUCUCAAAAGGCAUAAGGAUUUUGUCUGGAAAUACUUACGAGCUCGGAUCGGAGCCGUUACUUUCUAGGAACUGAACAAGACGCUUCGUACAAGUGGCAGCAAAAGGAGGCUCCCGUUCGACAUUGGACUUUAAACCACACCACUUCACAGUCAUCAACUGCGUCACAACAGCAAUGGCGGCUCCUAGAGAUAUCCUCUCUUCCCAGGGGAGGAAUGGCCCAUCCACUGUCGCCGUCUCCACAUCACCCUCGACGUUUUCACCACCCUCGAGUCGCUCUGCGUUUGCCUCCCCUAAGAGGGCCACGGCCAAGCCGCUAAAGCCCUUCAACACCACCGACAUCAAGAUCCUCCUGUUGGAAAACGUCAACAAGAGUGGCCAGGACAUCCUCAAGGAACAGGGAUACCAGGUAGAGGCCCACAAGACGUCUUUGUCCGAGGACCAGCUCAUCGAGAAGAUCCGUGACGUGCACGUCAUUGGAAUCCGUUCAAAGACGAAGCUGUCAGAGAAGGUCCUGAGCGAAGCCAAGAAUCUCCUUGUCGUUGGCUGCUUCUGCAUCGGCACCAACCAGGUGGAUCUGGACUUUGCGGCGCGCCAUGGCAUUGCUGUCUUCAACUCCCCCUUUGCCAACUCGCGCAGCGUGGCGGAGCUGGUCAUCGCUGAAACCAUCACGCUCGCCCGGCAGCUGGGCGACCGCUCCAGCGAGAUGCACCGCGGCACCUGGAACAAGGUCAGCUCAAAGUGCUGGGAGAUCCGCGGCAAGACGCUGGGUAUCGUCGGGUACGGCCACAUUGGCUCACAGCUCUCGGUGUUGGCCGAGGCCAUGGGCAUGUCGGUCAUCUACUACGACGUUGUGACGCUCAUGGCCCUGGGCAAGGCGCGACAGGUUGCGAACCUGCAGGAGCUGCUGGGUGAGGCCGACUUUGUGACUCUGCACGUGCCCGAGACGCCCGAGACCAAGAACAUGAUCUCGAGCCGCGAGCUGAGCUUCAUGAAGGACGGCGCAUACCUGAUCAACGCGAGCCGAGGCUCCGUCGUCGACAUCCCCGCACUGGUCAACGCCAUGCGCGCCGGCAAGGUCGCCGGCGCCGCCCUCGAUGUGUACCCCAACGAGCCCGCAGCCAACGGUGAUUAUUUCAACCAGACGCUGAACACGUGGGCCGAGGACCUGCGCACGCUGUCCAACCUCAUCUUGACGCCGCACAUCGGAGGCAGCACCGAGGAGGCCCAGCGGGCAAUCGGUGCCGAGGUCGGCGAUGCUCUAGUCCGCUAUAUCAACCAGGGCAUCACCCUUGGCAGUGUCAACCUGCCCGAGGUCAACCUGCGCUCGCUAACCCUAGAGGAGCCCAACCACGGCCGUGUCAUUUACAUUCACCGAAACGUUCCCGGUGUGCUGCGCAAGGUCAACGAGAUCCUCGGGGAUCACAACGUCGACAAGCAGAUCUCGGACAGCAGGGGCGACAUUGCCUACCUGAUGGCCGACAUCAGCGAUGUCAAGGAAGGUGACAUCAAGGAGAUACACGAUGCCCUUGAGGCUCUCAGCUCACGGAUCAUGACCCGGGUUCUUUUCUGAUCCCGAUCGCUACGAAGUAUAGACUACGAGCGGGUAAAAGUUGGGGGAUGAAAACAAAAACAAACAAACAAACAAACAGGCGAACGAACCAACGAACCAUGAACGGCAACAGGGGUAGGGUUGGGGCUAACCCAUGCGUGUGGUAAUGGGGAUCUUUCGGAUCAUCCAUGUGCCCCGGCGGGCCCUACCCAAUAUCGCAUCCAUGUUAAAAUUGGGAUGGCUCAGAAAAAAACAGGAAGGAGACGGAGAACGAAAACAAAAGGAUGGGGAGCAACAAAAGUUGAGAGCGUGGAUGGGUCGCAUGAAUGAAUGAUAUAGUUCAACAAUAUUCAGCCUUAUGCCUUGGGAAAGCAUAUCACAAUGGAAAGAUCAGCAGGAUCAACAUCGAGACCAGAAAAGGAAUAGGGUGUUUGCCAGGACACAUCAACACCGAGACUACUCAGGGAGGCUAUGUCAUCACGACAAGCAGUAAAGAGAAACUAAUUUCAUUUUCAUGUGGCUGGUGGUUGAAUGGCUUGCUCGGGAUGUGACGGCCGGCCAAGGGCUAACGCCAAGCCGA